ACGUCGGCGGCGGUUCUCCUCUAGUCAAACGCCAACUCGUGAAUCAUUCCGAGCGCGCAAGUGAACGAAGUUGGUCGAUUUUGGACGUUGUUGAGGUUGAUACGCGCGAGAGAGGUUGUGAAGUUUUUUCGAGUGAAGUACCGAAGAUCCGCGAUACAGAUCCGUGCUUUCAGGAUGUUGAGGACCUUGUGCUUAGUUGUGGUGAUUUUGAGCGGCGGCGGUGCCAGGGCUUUCCUGUUGACGGAGUACCUCGUUGGCGGUUGGAAGACCAACGUUGGUGAAUUUCCGCAUAUGGCCGCGCUGGGACGAACCCAGCGGAUCGGCGGGAAUGACUCCGGGAUUGAGUGGUUUUGCGGGGGAACGCUGAUCUCGGAUCGGUUCGUGCUAACGGCGGCGCACUGCGCCAACAGCCAGAUGUCGGAUCCUCCAACGCUGGUCCGACUCGGCGAAUACGACCUGAGCACCGAGGACGACAGCGACCACCGGGAUGUGGCCGUGGCCGGGAUCACGCACUAUCCUCGGUACAAUCGCGUCCAAGCGUACAACGAUAUCGCGGUGGCCAAGUUGGCCGAACCGGUACAGUUUAGUCGAUUCAUUCGACCGGCCUGCCUGUGGCAGCUGGAGACACUUCCGGUGGAGGCAAACGGACUGCUGACCGCCAUCGGAUGGGGCCAGCUGGGACAAUAUGGUGACCAACCGUCGGAACUGCACAAGGUGGAUCUUCCGGUGGUCCCGAACGACGCGUGCAACCGGCUAAUGUCCACGCCCCGAUCCCGCCGCCUAAAGUAUGGCGUCCUCCCGUCCCAGAUUUGCGCCGGUGACCUGGCCGGGGGCAAGGACACCUGCGAGGGCGAUUCCGGUGGACCGUUGUUCCUAAAGUCCAGCGAUCCCAACUGCAACUACGACGUCGUGGGCAUCACCAGCAUCGGGGGCAUCUGCGGAACGGCCCGAAAGCCCGGUGUGUACACCCGGGUGUCGUACUAUAUGAACUGGAUCGAGUCGAUCGUGUGGCGGAAGCAGUGAGGGGAAGACGCCAGGCUGGAAUGCCCUGAAGAACUGAAAACGCUCUCGAAAUCAUACAAGACUGAUGGUUGUGUACUUAAACGGCAGCACCCUCUGGUGGUCACUUUUUGCUUAAAUUAUGACAUGUUUAAUGUUUUUAUAUUUUAAAAUAUAAGUUUUCCGC